GAGGAGGAGGAGGAGGAGGAGGAGGAGGAGCUAUCAUAUCAUCUGUAUGACAUGCAACCAAUGAGCUUCUUGCUGACUAGUUUUUCGGUUGUUUUGGUAAAAGAUGUAACGGAUAAUUCAGGAAGUUUUCAGGAGUUUAGUGUGAAGUCAACUUUCCUGACAGCCUCUUGGGAAAAAUUUCUGCAAGGAGACUAACCCAGAAUUUCGUACUGCGAUUUUUCGCCAUACGCCAAUUCCAGAAUCCGCGGAUUCACGUGCAAUCACGCGAUAAUGAGUCGUCUCUUAGCCACAGAGGGUAACCAUAAAAGCAGGGGAUUGUGACUUCAGAAUCAGCAUCUCCUCAUCCAUGGUGUCAUCGGGGUGAAAUGUUAGAUGACAGAAGCCGGAUGUUUUAUUUUGUGUCUGUGCCCGACUUCCUUUCCAGCACGGGUUAAUCUGUGCUGAAUUUAUCCGCCAUGCUCCGGCGUCCAGAAAAAAUAGAACUCUUGUGAUCAGCUGAGGAGUCCGGCAAUCCGCAGAGGAACGGAAAGAAGCGAGGGAAAUUGACACGUUAACUUGAGUGGUUACGAUCGGCGGAUACGACCUUUUCGUAGACGUUCCGGAUGUGGUGGAAAUUGCCGGUAAAUUAGGCGAAGUGCAAAAACAAAGUCAGGAAAAUUCCCCACGAGGAAACGAAGGAGGUUGAUAUCGUAACCAGUUUGAUCUUGAGCUGUUUGGUUUCGUUUCUUCUCUCUCGGUGUGUUCUCUCAUUCGCAGCUUUGGUUAAAUUCGGGGACAGAUGAUCCUGAAAUUGUCUGGAAAUUUCCCGCUGCAGGCUACAUGUGUGAAAAGAGCUUUGAAUCAAAUGUCCCACAGUGUCUACAGAGUUUGUAACCGUCCAGCUGCAGAUGAUAAAUAAAAUUGUUCAGUUUCGGUGGUUUUUAAAAACAUUUUCAGGUGCAUCGUUUGCACUCGACGUUUAAGAAAGACUUUAAAGACUUUAACCAAAAUGAGGGACUAAAAGUUCAGAUAUGAUAGUCAGAGCUGCAGGUCAAAUCCUGUACGAGAGUUUCAUUCAUGUUCGGAGCAUCAAUCAGCUCAGAGCUGAGAGGAAAAAUGCGGCACAUGGAGGAGGGAGGACCGGGCGCUUAUCUCUCUGCGAUUGGUACCACGUCUCAGGAGAAUUUCAGAGCGCUCUGAUGAUGGACGAGGAAAACGCAGCGAGGAGCGCCGAGGUGGGAGGUUUGAGGCGGGUGAGGAGGAGGAGGAGGAGAUGUGAGAUGUGGAGGAGUGAGUGUGAGGAGAAAAGGAGCUGUGGGGGGGACAGUGAGUGUUUGAAGGAGACCCAGAAGGUGCUGAGGAGGUUACUGGAGGGGAGUUUGGGGGUACGAGGAAGAAUGCACCCUCACAUUCCUGACAUGCCCGUCUCAUUGUAGCGGGCUAAUGAGGCGAGGGGGGGGGAGCGUGGUCAGCCCCCGGCCCGGGGAGAGACCAGAAACCCACCGGAGCGCCGGGCAGCAUGGAGGACGAGGAAUUCCUCAACUUUGGUGCCAGGAGAAAACAGUCAACACAAAAACACACAAAAGCACCACAACGGAGCCGUGUGAGAGGUGGAGGAGAGUGAACGAGCGUCUGAAAUGAAACAAACAUGGAGAGAGUCUCAAACACAAGAAACGGCGGGAAAACGGCGCUCAACCAAAACGCCACUCUAUAGCCACAAAUAAUGUUCAGAACAGCACCUAACUUCAUCAACAGGACAUAUAGGGUCACAGACAUAGUACUAGACACCAAACAUCUUUUUAACUUUGACUCAUUUCUUUAGCAAAGAGACUAAACACAACUCACCUACUCUCUUCCAGCAGACGCUUGUUUGUAGCGAGACCUCUGGGCGAGUCCAUUGACUGCAGCGGGGUGACGCAGCUCAAGGAAGAACAUUUAUGUAGUGUAGUGUUAGCUUCAGUUUAACUCCUUAUCGACUCAGGCACUCCAUGGUCUGACCAAAUGACACGUUGAAAAGUUUAAGAAGUGAAAUUAAAUAAAAAACUUUCCACUUCUCUGCUCGUCGUCUUCUGUGCCUCCAUCGUAAAACACCGGCAGCUCACUUCAGUUGUAGCUUUUUUUUUAUUUUAAUCCUUUUAUUUUUGAGUAAGUAACUGUCUUUUUUUUUUCCAUUGACACUUUUUUUGCGUCGUUAACUUCCGCUGUGGCUUUUUUUUAAAUUUUAUUUUUAUCUGCACCGUUUCUUUUUUUAUUUGCGGUGGGCUUCGGUUUCUUUUUUUUUUGAUUUUGCAUUGGUAACUUCUGUUGUGGCUUCUUUUUUUUGCAUUUUUGCAUACUUGCAUUUUUUUUAUUUGUACGGUGGCGGUUCUCGGCCACCGUACAAAUCCACUAACUGCUAAAUAAAGUCGGCCUGUUGUUUAUUUUGUAAAUUCUGACCCUGUUUUGAGCCCAAAAUUCACGCCUCCUGUGGUUGAAGUUGUGAUCUUCUAAAGAGGUCACAGUGAAGCUUCUCUGCUCCUCAUCAGCUUCACUGUUUUAUCCAAAAUUAUCUCCAAUCAAAACAUGAGAAAAUAUCAUCCUCAGGCUCGUCCAUCGAUCAUAAAUAUCAGAUCUGUGUUUCUAUUUAGUGUUUUUAAUGUGAUUUGUAUUAAUUUUUGUUCCACUAACGGUCUCUUUAGUUCGGGUCACCUGUGUUUGUACCUGCGCGGUCAGAUCAGAUCCAUGUCUGAGUGCGUCUGUUUGAAUGCAUGACUGCAGCAGCCGCUCUGCUUCCUGCAGCUGCUCAGAGGAACGCCGUGUUAGCUUUGGUGCUCCUCACACAUUUCACCCUCCGUUACCUCCAUGUGGCCGGGGUGCCGCUCCUCAGCGGGCCAGCUGGAUCCACCACAGACAGGGAGCAGCUAGAUCAGCGCUUCGCUGAGCUGAGAUCAGUGAGAACAUGACAGCUGGAGGGGGAAGGAUGUGUCAGCGAGCAUCCUGAAUGUGACCGAGCGAGUUUGAGCUGUCGCUGGUCGCUCCCGAGGAGGAAGGAUGCUCUUCAUCCUCUUUGAAGUUUGACGCUUCAGCUGCUGAUCUCAGACUUCUCCUCAACGUCGUCAUGAGGCCGAUGUCUGAACUUGAAAGGAGCGUUGUUCGCAUUUGUUGAACCAGAAGUUACAGCUGAA